AUGGAAAAAGGUCCAAAAACUUGUGCUGACCUCUUGUAUCAUGCUAAAUUUUUUGAACAAGUGGCGCCAUUUCAACUACAGGAAGAGGCUCAAGCUAUCUAUGUGCCAUCCCAGCGACGAUGGCCAACACAACAACGACCACAACAGCAGAUAAAUUCAGAUACUGCUCAGAGUAAUCCACCACCAGCCGCUCCACAACAGGCAGUUGCUUCUCAACCUGCCGCUCCAGUAUCCAAUGCACACAAACCAUCAAGUAAAGGACAGGUAUUUGAAAAUUCCAAUAAUCGUGGCCCG